UUUCUUGAUCCAAGAAAACAAUCUUAAUCCUAGGGCAUCAUGGCCACCGUCUCCCUCAAUCCAAUCCCCUUCUCGGAACCCCCGUACCUCCGCGGCCUCCCAUCCCCCUAUUACACUGAUGGCCAUCGCCGGUUCCAGAAAGCCUGCCGCAAGUUUCUCUGGGAAAAUCUCCUGCAGCAUGCGCUCGAAUGGGAAAAGCAAGGCACCGUCCCAGAACAUGUGUUCAGGAUCUUCUGCGAGCAUAAUAUGUUACUGCCGAACCUGCCGGCGCCGUUACCGGUUGAUUGGUUGAAGAGGCUCGGGAUUCAUGAUAUUCUGGGCGUGAAGAUUGAAGAGUGGGAUUACUUGCAUACUGGGAUCUAUUGCGAUGAGCUGGCUCGAUCAGGCUCCUUCGGUCCCGGAGGCUCGUUGAAUGCCGGUUUUGCAUUUGGUAUCCCGCCCAUUAUCAAAUUUGGCAAUGUCCAGCUGCAGGAGCGAUUCCUCCCUGACCUUUUGACGGGACGUAAACGGGCAUGCAUUGCCAUCACCGAGCCGGAAGCAGGUAGCGACGUUGCUAACAUCACGACCACCGCAAUGAAAUCUCCCGACGGGAAACAUUAUAUCAUCAACGGAACGAAGAAAUGGAUCACAAAUGGCAUCUGGUCCGACUACGCCACCAUGGCCGUCCGCACCGGUGGCCCCGGUGCACCAGGCCUCUCCGUCAUGGUCGUCCCAUUAAAGGGAUACCCCGGCGUCACGAUGCGACGGAUCAAAGUAUCCGGCGGAGUAACAGGAGGCACGACAUACAUCGAGCUGGAUGACGUGCAGGUCCCCGUGGAAAACCUGGUCGGCCGCGAAGGCGACGGCAUGCGAAUCAUCAUGACAAACUUCAACCACGAGCGUCUUACGAUCGCCGUCGGCGUUACACGACAGGCUCGUGUCGCGCUCUCUGCUGCGUUUGAGUACUGCAUGAAACGGGAGGCGUUUGGGAAGACGCUCAUGGAUCAACCUGUUGUGCGGCAUAGACUGGCCAAGGCCGGCGCAGAGCUGGAGACGCUGUGGGCAUUCGUGGAGCAACUUCUGUAUCAACUGCGCCAUCUGAGUAAGGAGGAGGGAGAUCGGCAGCUGGGGGGCAUCACUGCUCUCGCGAAGGCCAAGGCUGGAAUGGUGUUGAAUGAAUGCGCGCAGUGCGCGGUGUUGCUGUUUGGUGGAGCCGGUCUCACACAAAGCGGGCAGGGAGAGUUAGUUGAAGCUAUCAAUCGCGAGGUGUUUGGUGCCCGUAUUCCAGGCGGAUCAGAGGAUGUGCUUCUUGACCUGGCAGUGCGGCAGCUUGUGAAGAUCUAUCGCACGCAGGAGAAGAGGCUGAAGGCGUCAAAGAUCUGAUCUGAUCUGAUCUGCUCUGCUCCUGACAAUGCUGUCAUCCUUUGUAUACCUUGGGAAUCAUCGCCAAUUGCUAGGGUUAGAAGCCGGACAGAAAGCACAUCUAACCUCCACUACCAGAACCCUGGAUCGACCUUCUCGGUAUAAUACCCCUCUCAAUGCUUGACGAUACUCUUCAGAAUCACGGGCUCCUCAGCCAUUUAUGAAUCUCCCCAGGAUAAACCGCCAGAUCAUGCAACUCCCACGCUCCUUUCCACUGGGCGUGGCAUCCAAACAGCCUUCCACGGACCCUGGCGAAUAGCACGCAGCCCGAACAGCUCACACCCGGUAAUAUGCGCUUGCUCUUGGGAUAUUCCAUUGAGUUUGGAUGAGAUUGACUGGUCGUAUAGGGGCUGUAUAGGGAUAGAACUCCUGAGGCUGGUGUUAAUGUUCAUCCGAAGUGAUUAAGCGAUUACCGCAAUGAUAUUUAAUCCAUUUCCAACAUGCCCUGUUUCUUUCAUAAAAAUCAAAUACUUUCUGAUGGUUUUAAUAUUACAAAACCUUCGCAAGGAAUAUAGCCCUAAAUCCAUGUCACAACGCUGAUACUGUCGGUAGUCCUGCUUUGCCCUAAACCCGUAGCGAACCGUCCGAAUGCAAUCCCAAAAUAGCCUUCAAGCGCAGCAUCCUGUCGAUGAGGCCAUUUACUUCGCCUGGUUAUCCACGCGAAGCUGUUCAUCAGCAUCAGAACCACCCAUCUCCUUAUUCUCUUCCCUCUCGAUGCCGCUCAAAAUCCUCCACCCAAGUACACCAACAUAAAAAGCCCCAACAAUACCAGCGACAGCCGAAUACGCAACAACAGCCCCAUUUUCUCCCCCAUGGCCCAUGUUCCUGCUCAGAAGGAGACCGAGUCC